AAAGUGUCCGGACUGGAAGGGGAGGGGGAAAGUGUCCGGACUGGAAGGGGGGGAAAGUGUCCGGACUGGAAGGGGGGGAAAGUGUCCCGGACUGGAAGGGGGGAAAGUGUCCGGACUGGAAGGGGGGGAAAGUGUCCGGACUGGAAGGGGGGGAAAGUGUCCAGACUGGAAGGGGGGAAAGUGUCCGGACUGGAAGGGGGGAAAGUGUCCGGACUGGAAGGGGGGGAAAGUGUCCGGACUGGAAGGGGGGGAAAGAUUCCGGACUGGAAGGGGGUGAAAGUGUCCGGACUGGAAGGGGGGAAAGUGUCCGGACUGGAAGGGGGGGAAAAUGUCCGGACUGGAAGGGGUAGAAAAACGUGUCCGGACUGGAAGGGGGGGAAAGUGUCCGAACUGGAAGGAGGGGGGGAAGUGUCCGGACUGGAAGGGGGGAAAAGAGUCCGGACUGGAAGGGGGAGAAAGCGUCCGGACUGGAAGGGGGGAAGUGUCCGGACUGGAAGGGGGGGAAAGUGUCCGGACUGGAAGGGGGGGAAAGUGUCUGGACUGGAAGGGGGGGAAAGAUUCCGGACUUGAAGGGGGUGAAAGUGUCCGGAC